GUAAUUAAGAGAGAGAAAAAAAGAGACGAUAUUUAAAGACAUCAAGUAGUAGUAUGUAACAAAGAGUCUAUAGGCUUAUAAUGAUGGCUUCGUCAUCAUCAUCUCUUUCAAAUUUGUUUCUUCGAAUCUCAAUUCUACUUCUCAUUUUCCCUCUCACGUUAUGCAAAACAUCUUCUUCAGAUCAAACACUACUCUUCUCUCUCAAAACACAGAAACUUCCUCAGUCUUCUUCAGACAAGCUUUCAUUCAGACACAAUGUUACUCUCACGGUCACUCUCGCCGUCGGCUCUCCACCGCAAAAUAUCUCGAUGGUUCUUGACACCGGAAGCGAGCUCUCAUGGCUUCACUGCAAGAAAUCUCCAAACUUAGGAUCCGUUUUUAACCCGGUUUCAUCCUCUACGUACUCUCCAGUACCUUGCUCCUCACCAAUUUGCAGGACCCGGACCCGGGAUUUACCCAUACCCGCUUCAUGCGAUCCGAAGACCCAUUUCUGCCACGUGGCAAUCUCUUACGCUGACGCUACCUCAAUCGAAGGUAACUUAGCUCACGACACGUUCGUAAUCGGGUCUGUGACCCGACCCGGUACGUUAUUCGGGUGUAUGGACUCAGGUUUAAGCUCUGAUUCGGAGGAAGACGCUAAAUCGACCGGUUUAAUGGGAAUGAACCGAGGAUCUUUAUCUUUUGUUAACCAGCUGGGUUUCUCAAAAUUCUCGUAUUGCAUCUCCGGUUCAGAUUCCUCCGGUAUUUUGCUUCUCGGUGACGCGUCCUAUUCCUGGCUCGGUCCAAUCCAAUACACGCCUUUGGUUCUCCAAACGACACCAUUACCGUAUUUCGACCGGGUUGCUUACACGGUCCAAUUAGAAGGAAUCCGGGUCGGGUCAAAGAUACUUUCUUUACCGAAAUCCGUAUUCGUACCGGACCAUACCGGAGCCGGUCAGACAAUGGUUGAUUCAGGUACACAAUUUACGUUCCUAAUGGGUCCGGUUUACACAGCCUUAAAAAACGAGUUUAUCGCGCAAACCAAAUCGGUUCUCAAAAUCGUAGACGACCCGAAUUUUGUAUUCCAAGGGACAAUGGACCUAUGUUACCGGGUUGGAUCGUCAACCCGGCCCAAUUUCACAGGUUUACCCGUGAUUAGUUUAAUGUUCCGUGGCGCGGAGAUGAGUGUGUCGGGUCAGAAACUGUUGUACCGGGUAAACGGAGCCGGGUCGGAAGGAAAAGCAAAAGAGGAAGUGUAUUGCUUCACAUUUGGAAACUCUGAUCUUUUGGGAAUAGAAGCAUUUGUUAUAGGUCACCAUCAUCAGCAAAACGUGUGGAUGGAGUUUGAUUUAGCUAAAUCAAGGGUUGGUUUUGCUGGUAACGUUAGAUGUGAUCUAGCUAGUCAACGGCUCGGAUUAAGAGAUUGAUAGGACUUGUUUAUGUCGUAUGUGGAAAAUGAGAAUAUUUUCUAGACCAAAUACAUUUAUAAUAGUUUU